AUGGACCCAUUAAUGCGUUAUAUCAAAAAUAAAAUUUGUACUGAUUGUGAGUUAAUUGCGUUAAUUGAAGGUGAUAAUAUUUGGUUACGAUAUAUAAAAUCUCAUCAAGCAACACUUCCAACUGGUGAUUUAGUAACAGGUGGUCGACCAGUUGUUAAUCCUCCACAGAAUGAACAUGAACCAAUGCAUAUUAUUUAUCGUAUGUGUAGUUUAUUAGAUGAUCCCGAAGAUAUAUAUCGUUUAGCAAAUGUUCUUAGUGAACAUUCAAGUUUCGAAACCAUACUUAGACAUUUAGAUUCUAUCGAUGAUAUGUCAUCUGGAAAAGCAUUAUUGCAAAUUUUAUUAAUAUUAUUUGAAUUUGCGUUUAAACUUAAAGUUAAUCAACAACAACAAAGACGUGAUCAAAAACUUUUAUCAUUAACAGAAAAACUUAUUUUUAUUAUGGAUCAAUUAUUUCAUGAAGCUAAAUUUGAUCGAUUAGAUCUUGAGCAAACAUCAUCAUCAUUAACAUCAAGUGAUAAUGAUAGUCAAUUUUGUGAUCUUGUUAAUGACUCAAAUGGUAUUAUUGAUCAAUGUAUAGAUUAUAUUGAAAUAAAUUCUCCACCAGUAAAAACAUAUUUAGCAUCAUCAGCAACAGUAUCAAAAAUAUUUAAAGUUUUAGCUAUUUAUACAUGUACAAAAAAAGUUGAUAUUGAAUCAUUUGAAGCUAAAACACGAAAAACACCUGAUUAUGCAACUGUAAUACAUCUUAGUCUUUAUCAAUAUUAUUCAUCAAUCAUAAAUCAAACUAAAAUGAUAUUAUUCUUAGAAUUCAUAACUGGUUUCGAUGUUACAAAAGGAUUUAAAUCAGAUGAAUUUUAUAUUUAA